AGCCGAGUUUGAACUGCGGGAGCGGCGGCGGGUGGGCGCAGGUAGUGCGGAGGUGGAGUACAAGAAUAAGGUCAAGAAAGAUUUCAAUGGACUUAUGAAGUAUUGAAGUAACAAAAGGAAGAAAAAUGGAGACAGAGACCAUUUUAAGUCUUAGACAACAACUCAAGGAAGCAGAAAAUGAGCGAAGAAAGGCGGCACAAUAUGGAUUGCAUUUAUUGGAGUCCCAAAGUGAAGUUCAAAAUCAGUUGGAUCAAAUGCGUUGUGAAUUGACUGAGAAAACUGAGAAAUUUGAGCAAGAGAAAUACUCUCUUCAGAGAGACAUUGAACUCAAGAAUCGAAUGUUGGAAACCUUGAGUUCUGAAUGUGAUUCCUUUAAGCAACAGCAAAACAUGCAACUAGAUAAACAGAAAGAACAGCUUGCCAGAUUCUAUGGACAAGAAAUCAGCGACCUCAAAAACAAGUUGGAGAACCUGAAAGCAGAACUAGAUGAAACGCGACUGUCAGAGAAACAGCUGAAGCAUAAAGUGGAUCAUCAGAAGGAAAUAAUUGCUGCCAAAUCAGAAGAACUACAUAUGAUGUCUGAACGUGUACAUGAGACCAUGUCCUCAGAAAUGCUGAAUCUUCAGAUGGAACUCACUGAACUUGAAAGCGUGAAGGCCAGUGUUGAAGAACAGCUGAAUGAAAUGCAGUACAGUAAAGAACAAUUAGAACUUAUAAACCAUAACUUACGUAAUCAACUGGAGCGUCUACAAGGAGAAAAAGAAGAGAGAGAAAAAGAAGUUGUUUCUUAUUGUAAUGCAUUAGAGAAAGCUCGUGAAGCUAAUCAGGAGCUUCAGGUUCAGCUGGAUCAUGCAGUGCAGCAAUCUUUGGACCCUACAAGUAAAGGCAAUUCUCUCUUUGCUGAGGUGGAGGACCGUAGGGCAGAAAUGGAACGACAGCUGAUCAGUGUGAAAAUAAAAUAUCAGUCACUACAGAAACAGCAUGUAUUCACUAGAGAACAGUUGCAGAGAAUGAAGCUGCAGAUGGCUACACUGCUACAGAUGAAAGGCUCUCAGGGAGAAUUUGAGCAGUUGGAACGCUUACAGUCGAUGUUAGAACAAAAGAACGGUGAGAUAGAAGACCUUCUUAUGAAAGUAAGGCAGCUAGAGAAAUUUAAGACUUUAUAUGAGAAUAUGGAAGAAUCCAGAGCUAGUAGUAGCUCAAAAGGUGGAGAAUCUGAAGAUGGCUACUAUGCAGAUUUACUGCAAAUGAAACUUGACAACUCAAACAAGGAAACUGAAACAUUGAAAAAUGAACUGUCCUUGCAGAGGAUGAAAGCUCUCUAUGAGAGCCAAAGGGUUCUGGAAGUUGAAAGGAAACUCUUCACAAAUGAGAGGCAAUUGCAAGCUUGUCAGAGUGAGAAUAUGAACUUGCGAGUUAUGCUGGAUGAGCUAAAAAUGAAAUAUGAACCUGAAGAAGUACGCCAGGGUACUAAAAAUAAAAAGAAGAGGGAGAAGAUUCCAGUGGAUGCUACUUGUGAGUACUUGGACAGCAAAAAUACUUCAGUAAAAGAAGGUGCUCUCACUCAAUUGCCAAGUAAGGAAGAAACAAAGAUGACGUCCAAGAACGUGGAGCAAAGUGAUGUUUCUCCAAAAAAACCUGCUCUUGAAGCACCACCAAUAAAUACAGCUCUUCAAGCAGUGCAAAAAGUAGUUGAACCUGAAAGGGAAAGAAAGAGAGUUAAAGUGAAAGAUGAGACUCAUGAUGCCUUUACUUCAUAUAGCAGAAGUGGAAGUAAUUCCUUGACUUCAGCUGCCCCCAGGUUAACAGCUGAAUCCAGAUUUGAAACUACAGAAAAAGAAGAUAAGAAAGAAAAUAGAGUCAUGACUGAGAAGGAAACACAAAAGAAAAAAUAUACAACGUUGUACAUAUCUUCUAAGCCAACUUGUGAAACACAGUGUGCUCAGCAAUAAAACCAACAUUUCUGGAAGCAACCUGAACAAUUUGGAGUCUUGCUUCAGCAGCAAAUACUAAGUUAACUUAUGUCACACGUAAAUGUACAGGUUCCUAACUUAGGGAUUGACCUGCCUUGUUUUAGGAGGAGUAUGCUUGCAUUAAUGAGUUGUACUUUUUGUAACUUCCCGGAGGGUACCUAUUAUGUUGUCUGUCAAUGUGACCUGAAGUGUUGCCUUGUCUUGAAACUUGGCUAGGUCUCUAAAUAUGUUAAUUGUUAUUUGUUUGAAGUAUAGUGCUAUUCUGAAAGAGAAGCUCUUGUUACAGAAGGUUUAUUAUACAAUAAGACAAGGGUCAACCCUGAGCAGGACAGACUAGCCAGUGUUGAUGCAGAACUCAACUAAGUCAUGCAUGUGCUCCUGAAUUUGUUCCAAUUCCUGGAUUUGGAAUUCUUAACAUUUUUAUUCCCCUUCUAAUGUGUAACUGUUCAGCUUUAAGACUAGCUUGAUUACAAAGGUGCAUGUGAACCUUUCUAUGCAUUUUUUGGGAUAGUAUUCUUUUAAAACUCUAUGAAUUCUUGUAUUUGCUUUAAUAAUUAAAGAAAAUGUUUAUUUUUCUUCCAUUCUAAAAUGUAGUUUAUAUUGCAUUUGAGACAAAAAGUUUAUCUGAAGCUGAUCAUCUUUUGAUUGAGAGCUGCAGUAUUUUGUAGAAAGGUUUUGUUUAAAAAAAAACAAAACAAGUACCACUCAAUAAAAGCCAAGAAAUAGUAA